AUGUCCAUCGUCUUGUGGCAUUUGCAUUUCUGGGACCGCCUCCAUCACAAUGUCGUGUAUAUGUCAACCACAAGGAGUGGCAGACCAGUCGAGAGCAGACUGAAGAACAGCAAGGAGUGGACAAAACAUUCGUCUAUCCGCCGCGCUGCCGCUGCCCUCGACAUUUCCACCGCGAGCAUUUCUGCUUGCAUCAACCAACACCAGGCAAGUGCUUGCGGCUACGAGUUCAGAUUGGCCACCCCAGACAUCCUUUCGGGCGAAGAGUGGCGUUGCCUUGAUCUCCCAGCUUUGCUGCAAGAAAAAGCCACACGAAAAGGGCGGUGA